UGUGCCGAUGUGUAACAACUUCUCUCUCUUCUCUCUCUCCCACCAUGUGAAGCGUCGGGGAUCUGUGCGGCUGCUUUGAAUCCUGGAUCGUCUCUUUGGUGAUGGUGGAAAAGUGUUUUCUGAGGACUUAACAGAAGACUUGAUGAGGUUGUAGCUAUGGUAACGUCAGGUCUGGGGGCGUGGCCUCUCUCCCCCUGUGGCCUCGUGCUGAUCGUCUUCUCGUCUGUGUGUCUGUCCGAGGAGACGCGCGUCAAACCUGCAGACUGCAGCAGAAAAGAGCAUCCCGUCGUCUCCUACCAAGCGUUGAGGCCGUGGGUGUCCGAGUUCUCUCAUCGAGGAGCGAAGGAUUUCUCUCAGCUGGCCAUCGACCUGAGCCGACAGCAGAUCGUUGUGGGAGCGAGAAACUUUCUCUUCAGACUGAGUUUGAGCAACGCGUCGCUGAUACAGGCGACAGAAUGGUCUCCUGAUGAAGAAACCAGGCGCUCGUGUCAGAGCAAAGGGAAGACUGAGGAGGAGUGUCAAAACUACAUCAGGGUGUUGUUGAUAAGUGGGACGACGCUGUUCACGUGCGGGACAAACGCUUUCACCCCGGUCUGCGUAACCAGACAGAUCGGAAACAUGAGUCAGGUGUUGGACACAGUGAACGGCGUGGCUCGAUGUCCCUACGACCCUCGCCAUAACUCCACCGCCAUGGUGACGCAGCGCGGCGAGCUGUACGCAGCCACGGUGAUCGACUUCUCCGGACGCGACCCCGUCAUUUACAGGAGCCUGGGGAACAUGCCGCCACUACGCACGGCUCAGUACAACUCCAAAUGGCUCAACGAGCCUCAUUUUGUGUCCGUCUACGAGAUCGGUCGCUUCGCCUACUUCUUCCUGAGAGAGACGGCGGUGGAGAACGACUGUGGGAAGAUGGUGGUGUCCCGCGUGGCCCGGGUCUGUAAGAACGACAUGGGCGGACGCUUCCUGUUGGAGGACACCUGGACGACCUUCAUGAAGGCUCGACUGAACUGCUCGCGCUCCGGAGAAAUCCCGUUUUACUUCAACGAGCUGCAGAGCACGUUCUACCUCCCCGAGCAGGAGCUGAUCUACGGGAUCUUCACCACCAACGUGAACAGUAUCUCAGCGUCUGCCAUCUGUGCCUUCAACCUCAGCUCCAUCACUCAGGCCUUUAACGGACCCUUUAGGUACCAGGAGAACCCUCGCACCGCCUGGCUCUCCACACCGAACCCCAUACCCAACUUCCAGUGUGGGACUCUCGAGGAGGGGGGCCCCGGGGGGAACCUGACCGAGCGGAGCCUCCAGGACGCACAGAGACUCUUCCUCAUGAACGACGUGGUCCAGCCGCUCACCACCAACCCGCUGUUCACCCAGGACAACCUGCGCUUCUCCAAGCUGGUGGUGGACCUCGUGCAGGGCCGAGACAGACUCUACCACGUCAUGUACAUCGGAACAGAAUACGGCACCAUCAUGAAGGCUCUCUCCACCACCAAUAAAAGCCUUCACGGCUGCUACCUAGAGGAGCUGAGGAUCCUCCCUGAAGGGAAAAUCGCUCCAAUCAAGAGCCUGAAAAUCCUCCAGGGCGACAGAUCUCUGUUUGUGGGGCUCGACGACAGGCUGGUGAAGAUCCCGCUAGAGCGCUGCUCCAGCUAUCCAACGGAAAGUCAGUGUUUGGAGGCUCGGGAUCCGUACUGCGGCUGGGAUCUGAAACAGAGACGCUGCACGAGGAUCGAGGAGAGCUCCAACAUGAACCAGUGGAUCCAGAACAUCACUGAGUGCCCAAUGAGGAACCUAACACAGGAUGGCGGUUUCGGUCCCUGGGCGCCGUGGACCCCUUGCAACCACAAUGACGGCGAGGGCUCCGUCAGCAGCUGUAUGUGUCGGUCUCGCUCGUGUGACGGACCCGUGGCUCGGUGUGGGGGAGUGGAAUGUAAGGGAUCCACUAUCCAGGUGGCCAACUGCUCCAGGAAUGGCGGCUGGACUCCGUGGUCUUCAUGGGGUUCAUGCAGCAGCAGCUGUGGCAUCGGAUUUGAAGUGAGGCAGCGUUCCUGCAACAACCCAUCGCCUCGCCACGGCGGUCGGAUCUGUGUCGGCCAGGGUCGAGAGGAGAGGCUGUGUAAUGAUAAAAAGCCGUGUCCCCUGCCCGUGCUGUGGACAGCGUGGGGCCCCUGGGCUCACUGCAGUGCUGAGUGUGGUGGAGGGGUUCACUCCAGGACCAGAACCUGUGAGAACGGAAACACGUGUCCUGGAUGUUCGAUGGAGUAUAAAGCCUGUAACCUGGAGGCCUGUCCCGAGGUGCGUCGUAACACCCCCUGGACACCCUGGAUACCUUUCAACGUCAGCCAUGAUGGCUCGCGGCAGGAGCAGAGGUUCAGGUAUACAUGUCGGGCUCUGCUUCCCGACCCUCAGCAGCUCCAGCUCGGCAAGAAGAAGCUGGAGACCCGGUUCUGCCCCAAUGACGGGUCUGGAGCAUGUCAGACCGACGCUCUGGUCGAAGGUUUGAUGAAGACGAGCGGUCAUACUCUGUCCCAGCCUCAGGGUGUACGCUGGGGAUUGUGGGAAACGUGGUCCACCUGUUCUCUGCCGUGCGCCCGAGGCUUCAGGACGAGGAAACGAAGCUGCUCGACGGCAGAGGGUCGGACCAACCCGAGCGCGUGUGUGGGAUCACCUGUGGAGUAUCAGGACUGCAACACUCAGCCGUGCCCAGUGAAUGGAGCCUGGUCCUGCUGGUCUUCCUGGUCUCCAUGCUCCUCCAGCUGUGGGGGAGGUCACUACCAGCGGACUCGGACGUGUAGUAACCCGCUGCCCACCAGUGGAGGAGACAUCUGUAUCGGGCUGCACACCGAGGAGGCGCUCUGUAACACACACACAUGUGAAGGUUGGGGUGAAUGGACCGGUUGGGGGGACUGUGACGAUGAGGGUCUGCAGCAUCGCACCCGUCACUGUGGAGACGAGCAGGAGGCGGAGUCUGGUCUGUGUCAGGGAAACAUCACUCAGUCUCGUCCCUGUCAGCCUCACGAGGUGCCGGUUAUUUUACCAGGACUGGAGAGCCAGAGCUGUGGAACCUUCACCUUGUUCCAGCUGGUCGCCGUGGGUUUGGCCAGUUUCUUUGUAGCAGCGUUACUGUCGGCGCUCGGCUACUCGUACUGCCACCACCUGAACCGCCCGUCAGCAGAGUCGGCCGUCAUCCACCCGAGCACCCCCAACCACCUGACCUACAAUAAGCAGGGCAACGCCACGCCAAAGAACGAGAAGUACAUCCCCAUGGAGUUCAAGACGCUCAACAAGAACAACCUGCGCGUGAAUGAAGAGACGUGCAACUACCUCCCGUCCCCGCUGCCCCCCACCAACAUGUUCACCACCACCUACUACCCUCCCAGCCUGAGCAAGUACGACUUCCACCCGGACUCCCCGUGCAGGACCUACAUGCACAGCUGAAAGGAGGCCACACAAACAUGAACCAUUCACCUCACACGCACACACACACACAAUCUGCGAGUGUUUCCUCAUUUAAAAGUCGGUAAAGAAAGACCAGAAUCACGUUCCAGUCAUAUCCGUCCAUCUUUACAGCUCAUUUAUCUUUGGCCCCAAAAAGAUACUAAGCAACUAAGCUCAGCCGCCAAGAGACAUAAAUGUGCUGUAAAGAUCGGUUGGAUGACCAGCAAACAACUUUUCAAACUCUUAAGUUUUUCAAAUUUAUAAUCCUCAGAACAUCAGCAGAAUCUCAACACAGCGUCGUGUGAAAAUACAUCGUUUGCACAAUCAUCAGAUUCUCUUCAUUCAUGUUACCUGGUGCAGAGUUAGCCCCUUUGUUCUGGAGACACUUUUAAAAGAAGAGUCUCAUGUUAAACUCACUUGUCUCCUUUCAUUCUUAAAUAUAUCUUUAGAUUGAAGCGAGGGGACAAACAUGAACAACGAGCGUCGUGUCGUCAGGUCAGAUUUUCAGGAUCUGCGACACGAUUGCGGCGCCAUAAACUAGCCAACAUAGACCAACAUAAGAGGUACAAAGACGCCUUUUUAUCCCCAGAUGGGACCUUGUUUUCCUGUUUUCUUUCACCACACCCACCCUGAGGUGCUGGGUUUGUGCUCAGGACACUGAAAGCAGGGUGAGGACCCGGGGGGAGGAGCUUGUGUGUGUGUACUUCCUGUUCCCCUGGACAGAGACGAGACUCAUCCCCUGGUUGUUGAUCUGUUGUCGCAGGUGAACAGGUGGGUGUUAAAGAUGAAUAAGAAGAAUAAUCCCAUGAUUUAAAAAAAAAAAGGACAAGUGAAGACAUGGAGAGACUUUUUUUGUGCUUUAAUUUUGAUUGUUUAGCUGAAUCCACAUCGGACCACAACACUGAAGAGGACACUUGACUCACCUCACUUUGUACUGUACACUGUUAAAUGUUUGUGUUUUUUAUCUGCACCUGCUAAAUCAAAGUCAUUGAUUUAGUCGGGAUAUCGGGCAUUUUGUCUUCUGCAGCCACUCUUCUCUUCUCUGGAUGUUGAAGCACAAACGUUCCUGUUCAAGAAUCACCAAAUAUACUGCAGCUUAACGUGUAAAUAUCCGAUUCACUCACCAGAACAGAGCGCUGUGUGUUAUAAAGAAAUGUGUCACUGUGAUGCUUUUAAUGUUUUUUUUAAAUUGGGCCUUAUGUUUACACGUUUUCACGCAUACACAAAGUUUUAGAGAACCUGUGCCUGUGAGGGACAAAAACAACAACUUUGACACACUUCCUGUCGCAGUAUGGUCGCCUGUUUACUUUCUACAUCUACUGCGGCAAUUCCAAAUCUUUUUAUGAAAACGUGUAAAAAAGGGGCUCGUUUUAAAAAAAUAACUAAACUCUCCUUUAACUGUGCUUCAAGUCUUUUUACUUUUUUUUACACUGUGAAAGAAAAUAUGGAACAGCUGCUCAAAGUAUAAAAAAUGUUCAGCUGCAGGGGAAUCAUUUAUAACGUUGACCAGUUCUUCUUCUGUUAACACUGUUUUUGUCAGUUAAGGAAAGAAAGGACGACUGUGACUUUAUUUUCUUUGAUAUUUCUGAACACAAAGUGAUAGUUUAGGCUUUUAAAACAAUUGCUUGGAUUCCCUCCACAUGCUCCAGUUUCCUCCCACAGGCUCAAAUGAAGCACCUUAAGUGACCUAGAUACUUAAACUGUCAAUAUUUGUAUAAAUUCUACAUACAGGCCCAGGAGGAGAAUAUGUAACCUUUAAAUUUGUAAGUCCUGUGCUGUAAAUCGUUUGUUGCAAAUCUUGGGUUUUUAAACUGUAAAUACAAAGAAAUUAAGUCAGGUGUUUCCCACCUUAUCAAAUAUAAUGUAGCAGGAAGCAAACAGCUCUGUUUGAGGGCCAGUCUUUUAGGAAUAUUCUGUUUCCUAUUCUGUUUAAGUUUGCAGAAAAUGUGCAAAAAUGUUUGUAUGUAUUUUCCCCAGAUUGCUGAAAGGACAUCGAUUUAUCAGUUGUCCUCCGAGGAGACACUUCUGUUGAAUAUGUUGUGGCUGAACUCUGCCUUUUGGACACUUUUGGUACUCUAUAUUUUUGUAUAAUGUAAAAUGUGAAAAGAAAAACGAUGAAUAAAUCCAGUUUGGGGCCAGGAUUUUGGUCACAGCUGCUAAAGCCGGAAUAAGCAUGCCAAGAAAAA